AUGAAGAUUACACCACAUUGGAAACCCUCCGCUGUUUGCGCGCCAUGCUACAGGACUACCAUGCAUGCGCCUGAGCACCCAAGGCGGCAAAUACUCCAGAGUGACAUGCCCGAGAGCGUAGCGAGAGAGUUGUGCUCAUGUCCUGGUGUGGAGAGCCCAGUGUUUGUGUCCGUAGAAUUUGACAGCGCAGGUUUCGAUGCGUGGGCCGCAGAGCGACAGAAAAGUGGAGAGACGUUCGAGGGCUAUAGUAGAACGUGUCGAUAUCUCGCCAUGGAGUCGAAAAGCACGAGAUGCGUCGCAGCGGUCAACGACCAGGAAGACAAGGCGCAAGCAAAGAAGUUGCAGAAAUAUGAUGCAAAAAAGUACAAGCCGCGACUCAACAAAAAGUUGCUAAAGAUGUUUCCAGAUCACAUCCGCAGGAAUCACCACGCCAUGGGGAACGCACACGCCGCUGCCACGUUCGGGCCACUUAUGAACGAAAACAGCGUUGCAAUGCAAGUUUCCAUCCCAUCCGAACGUCAACGUGUCCAUCAGCAGCCCCCCGAUCUGAGCGCCAAGGACGAAGUGUGGACCGCAAACUACAACACAACAGAGACAGCAUCCGACGAGGCGUCUGAUACAAGUCGCCGAUCACAUUGCCGCGCUCUUGAACAAUCCAAUUGA